GCCACUGCAGCACCUGCGUGGGCUGCCUGCUGCGGUGGGGGCAGGGAGCUUCCAAAGCGCCACAUCGGGCUCCCUCGUGGGCCCCAGGCUGCCGACCCUGCUCUAAGCAGGGUGGAUGAGAGGUUUAAAACACCGGUGCUGGUGCGGGGCCUAUUAAAGCACGGGACCCAAUGCAGCCACCUCGCUCGCCUUGCCCUAUAUCCGCCGCUGGCAGCAGGGUUGCAGUGGGCCAGGAGGUUUUCUCCUCUCUUCAAAGAAAAGAGAACAGUAUAACGUGGUGGUGAAAAUCUUCUAACCUUGGUGUCUAAGCAGUUCCAGAAGGAAUUUCAGAAAGUAAGGAUGGCAUCAGCAGCCUUAUUUUCAGCAUCCCAGUCCCAGACUCCUAGAUCUCAGUGCAUUAAUUUUGUCUAUGAUCCUGAUCAUGAAAAGAGGACUCCCUUUACAAUUGUGGACUGCAAACCAUUUCUUUACAGAGACAUUGAGUGUAGGGCCAAAGAAAAGGAUAAAAUAGCUCAACAGAAUUUGAAGGUCCAUGAGAAAAGCACAUUUUCAUCACGAGCAAAGUCUCGAGACUCUAUGAAAAAGAUGGACUCAGUCAUUGAAAGAGAGACCAGGGCUACAAUAGAUAAAGGGUAUAUUACUUCUAGUCCCAACUGGGCUCUUACUUUUGCAAAAUGUUGCCAAAGUGACAAACAGUCAUUAACAGAGUAUAUCAAGGAACAGAAGGAGUUGUUUCUGCUGCAGUACACAGUAAAAGUAAAAAAACAAACUAUAAAGAAGCUGGAGAAAUUAGCAACGCAAAAAGAGAAAGAGGCCAGUUCUGCUGAAGCAAAGCUAGAAGAAGAUACAAUUGCAUUUGAGGAAUUUCUGAAAGAAAAUGACCGGAGUUCUACAGAUGCACUUAAAAUUGCAGCCCAAGAAACAAAAUCUAAAAUGGAAAUGGUGGCAGAUGUAAAAUCUGCUAUUAAUGAACUCUUCGCUAUUAAAAGUGAAAUUGCAAAUGCCGAAAUCCUUCUCGUGCAGAGUUUAUAUUAUGAAGAUUUUUUGAUGAAACUUUCUCCCAAAGAAUGGCAAGAAGAACAGAGAACAAAAAAACUGAAAGCAAAAAUAGACAGAGAGAGAGAAAGCAUGCAGAGAGAAACGAUUACACGUGCUUUAACUCCGCAACAAGAAAAAGAAAGUGCAUGCAAGGAAAAGCUAAGUCCUUCAUUUCGACGUCAAUCACGACAUGGUUCUAUUUUUGUAAAGCAAAACAGAAACUACGCAUCAAAUACAGACAGGCGCUUCAGUAGCAGUGAGAAAAGUGCUGGAUCCACUAGGAAAACAUCAAUUGCAGAAAAUGAACGCAGACUUUCUAGAAAACUAACAGAAGCAGACUUGAGUGAAGUGAAAAGGUUACGGUGGGGAAACGAGAGUGACUGUGCAAUGCAUGAAGAUGCCUUGAAAGAUUUGGACAUAGAUAUGGUACCAGAAAUAUAUUUCACAGAUCCAAAACAGUUACUACAUAUGUUCACAGAGCUAGAGGAACAAAAUCUUGUAUUGAUCCAGAAUAACCAAGACUUAGAUGAAACUUUGGAUGAAAUUGAACACAUGGCAAAAAUUAUAAGGGCAAAACUACAUGAAAAAAUAAGUGUUAUUGUAGGACAUAAAGAAAUCCUUAAAGCUGCCUGCAUCAGUGAAGAGGAAAAACACUCAGAUCUGGUACUAAGAGCUAAAAUGUUUUGUUUUGGCGAGUUUAAUCCAGAAAUCCAGGAUAAACUGCUGCAUUCACUUACUAAAAAGGUUGCAGAAGUGUACAGAAUUAGUGUUGGAAAAGUAGACGCAUCAAGCAUUAACUCCAUUCAGAUGUUGAGAAGAAUAGAGAAUCGAAUUGAAGAACUCUGUGAAUUGUUGGAGUCAGUUCCAAAAGACAAUAUUGAUGCAAUUGAGAAAAUUAAGUUGAAAGACAGAAGGCAAAGGUUACGUGAAGAAAAAAAGAGAGAAGAAAUUAAACUUCAGGAAGAACGACUGAAGUGUUCUAUGGAAAGAGCAACUGCAGCCCCGAAAAAGAAGUUGGGAAGAAAACUGGUAUUUCGCUCACAGCCUCCAGAGAUCAAAAAGGAGACAAGCCUGAAGGAGACCAGCACAAAAAAUCAAGACGACAUAUUAUUUUUCACUUGAGUUUAACCUGGCAAUACUUCCUUAAAGGUGGCAAUACCAAGUUGUAGCUAUAUCUUCCCAUUCAAUUCAUCUAGAGCAAAGAUUAAUAUUCUGUACUGUAGUUAACACAACUUAGUAACAAAGGAGUUAUCACUAAAAUGCAGAGAUCCUUAGUAUAUGUAGCAAGCCUACUUAAUAC